AUGGACAUCUUGUUUCCUCGACGGCUGCUGUUCAGGGAUCUAUUCACGAGCGAGUCCUUUGACUGUUACGACGCUUUCGGUCACGGACCCUUUCAAAGGCGCCUGCUGCUGCUCUGCACCAUCGCUCCCUUUCUCUUCAACGUUCACGACUUCGUAUUCCGCUUGAUUCUGAGAGACGUCGACUACUGGUGCAAGGUACCUGCACCUCCGCCGCACUCGAACAUCUCUGCAGUGGAAUGGAGAGGAUUGUUCCUUCCCGAAGAACCAGAUGGCAAAUUGAGCCGCUGCCGCCGCUACAAAAGCCUGGAGGAACAGAAUGGCACUACCCCUGAGACGAUACUCUGCGAGGAGUGGGAGUACGGCGACGACGACGAGCCGGCACGGAUCAGCGCCGUGAGUGACUGGAACCUGGUCUGUCAGAGAGACACGCUCAUCGUUGUCAUGGUCGCCGUCCACUGCUUCGGCUCUUGCGUGUUCUCAGCGGCGGCCGGAUCACUCGCCGACAGCGUAGGUCGAAUGCCGGUGCUCCUGGUGGGCACGGCGGUACUCGUCGUCUCCACAGUGAUCGGUUGCCUUUCCAGAAGCUUCCACGCGUUCGUGGCCGCGAAAUUCUUUAGUUCUGGUGGCGUCUCCGCAGUCAUGAUUACUGCCGUAACGUCCGUCUUCGAGGUGACCACGCGCAGCAACCGGCCUCUGCAAAUCAUUUUCGCUGGAAUGCUGGGAGUCCUGUUUUCCGACAUGUGGGACGCCACCGUCGGGCCGGUCAAGAUUGGUUGGACGCUGAGGCACGCCGUCUAUAUGCUCCCUACGGCGCUCAUGCUACCAGCCUUCUGCGUAGCCAGCGAGUCACCACGCUGGCUGAUAGCGAGGGGCCGUUUCAAGGACGCCGAGGUGGUUAUGAUGAAUGCCGCGGCGGUCAACCACUUUCCCAUGCACUGCACAGCGUUGACAAUCGACAAGCUCAAGGCGCAGUUGAUCAGGAAUGAGGUGCGCCUUCCUUCGAUCGACCAGGAAAUGUUCAACGGCUACUCCAUGCGACGGCGGGCUCUCGUAUUGAGCCUUUCGUAUUUCUCUAUCACUUUCGCCGCUUUCGUCAGCGCGUUCUCACUGGUGCGGCGAAAGGAGUCCUGGCUCGACCACGUCUCGUUCACAAUGAAUAUUGUAUGUUAUGCGGUGAUGGAUCGGCUAAUCACCAGAUUCAGCAUGGUUACUGUCUUGAACAUAUGGUUUAUGACCCUCGGGGCGCUCCAGUGCCUACUGAGCCUCGCCUUCGGGGUGGGAGGUGGAGCUGUGUGUCCUAUCCUGAUCAUGGUGACCAUUGCUUUAUUCUACUCCGGCUCCAUGCUUUGCCUCGUCUACGUCCAGGAGAUCUUCCCUACGGCUGUUCGUGGAAGUGCAGUGGGCUUGGUUUUCGCCUGCGGUCGUCUGGGCGGCCUUUCCGCUAUCGCUGGGUGGGCGUUCCAAAGGGCCGGUCGAAGUGAUCUAGGGCACGCGGCGGCCGCCAUCCUCCUUCUCGCGUCGAUGUUUGCACACGACGCUCUGCCACGUGCGACGAAAGUCGAGUGCGCCAAAAUGGAAUAUAACCGUGCGCCGGCUAUGAGCAAGCACACCAUGAAUUUUGUGAAGAGAACGCCCGAGUCCAGCAUCCACGACACGUCCAAAGGCAGGACUAGUGCCGAGAGCCCAAGGUCGACCACUAGCUCUCGCGGUCACAACAGUUCACAUAAUUAG